GGGAUCGCCAGACCGCCGCGUCGCAUCCCCGCACACCUCUCAUUCAAAAUACAACAAAAUAACCCAAAAAUCUCUCUCCGAACCACUAAAAUAUGCAUAGAUACAGUGUACAUGUGCCGCCCGAAGUGUUAUCUGUUACAAAAAUGUGAACGGACCUGUUGUAUUGAGUGGUAACGUCAAGAAGCUUUGCACCCAGCGUUCCAGUAUCUUGAAUAAUGAUAUAAAACAACAUUUUGUACGGCAAUAAAUCGGUCGUAACUGUGAGCUUUAAUCGUCACUAUAAGUUACGCUAAACAAAAGUACUCAUAAAUAAUUACAGCGCUAAAGAACUAUGAACAAAACAAAAGUGAAGUUUAACUGAAAAAAGUGUAAAGCGGUGAUAAGUGAAGUGAAGUACAGUGAAGUGUCAAUGGUGAUCACAAGAUGGCACGGCAUCGGCCGACCGCGCGCCACUUUCACAACCACCCUGAGCUGCAGAGAGGUGGAAGCUCAGGUCUGAUGCUCAGGUGGAUCUUCUUUGUGUGGCUGGCUAGCUGCGGACCUCUGGGGAACACUGUGAAACAGGAUGGCUGCGCGUUCCCUACACGAUGGCAGGGCAAAUGGUUCCAGUCUGGAGUGAUCCAGCCCAUCAUGAUAGACGGCGCCAUCCUCUCCAACAAGGGCCGCUGCCUCUCUUCCGAGGGUGACAAGUUUCUCAUUGUGGACGAAAAAGGCUGUUACCGAUGUGUUGUGAUGCAUGAAAAACAUUUGAAUGUUCUGCAAUAUAAAGAGACUUUCUGCCACCGGCGAGACGCACUACCUCAUCUGUGUUCAAUGAUAACCGGCGACGCCCUGCUCUACUCCAUGUUCAGAGAAAACGCCGAGCCCGUGGCCUGUCCGCUCAAAGGACCCUUUUCUUUUACUUAUAAUAGGGGGCACGGAGAUUGCAAGAUACCAGCUUCGUCCAUAGAAAGUUGCACAGAAGAUUCUAGACUACUGCUCAACUAUCAAGCAUGCCCAGACGUUUACGGCUCCGAAAGCACAGUGGAGGAGCUGGAAUGCCUGGCGACGUGGAAGGAAGGCAGCCUUCGGUUCCUGGUGGGGAAGCUGCACCACAACCACGCCACCAGCAACGAGGACCGGUACAGAUGCUUCGUCUACGAGAAGACAAAUGGUAUUGCGUCAGGCAGCAAUAUGAAGGAAGGACCGACUCCUGCUGGAGGUGUUGAGUACAGAGUCGCGCAGUCAGGUGACGCAACUUGCAAUGGACUGUUCAGUGCUACGGAAGGAUCUAGAACUAUGGCAUUGAAAAGAGUAUCAGUUCGCUUCAACUGCCAGUUUCCAUCAUGGAUGACGUUCUCGCAUACAUGGCACACCCUCGACUUCAGCAGCAACUACACUUUCUACCAGCGCAACGCCACAUUGCGCAUCACCAAUCAAACGGGGGCUGAGAUCAAAGUGCACUGUGUUUAUGUCAAAGCGAGUUCACCUAGCGGCAACUCUGUCGCCCUGGUAGCACAUUGGCAGCACCACUGUGCAACUCGCUACGUGUGCGUGGUGCUGUACCGGCGGGACACCUAUAUAGCGGAGUUACAGCGGGGCACCCCCACUUCUAGGCCAGACGAUGCCUGUUCCACCCACCAUUUUAACGCUGUCACAGCACCUUACGUUACUUUAGUUGCUAGUAAUCCAGAAUCGAAAGAAUGCCCAUAUUCUGGGAAAUACAUAAUCUCGAACCACAGACACAAACGAAGUUUUCGUAUGAGUGAGCGAGAGAGAAAUAGGAGUAAGCGAGACAAAGCAAUGUUUGAACAUAAUCAUAGAGUUAACCACACUAGACUGUUCAAUUUUAGCGUAAGAAAUGUGUCAAGUACUCCGAUAUUGAGGAGUAGAAGACAGUCGGAAGAACCGAGUUGCGCUGGCGGAGUGUAUAGUAGGCUGGCAGUCGGGUGCAAUUCUAAUAAGAACAUGGAAUUUUAUUCCACUUGUGAUAAUAAGGAAGUAGUAACAGUAUACAUAUGCCACGGCGGUUGGUAUGAGAACGGCGCAUCGUUCGUGGUGACCACCCCGGUUACCCGGGACAGCACGGCAGCUCGGCGGUACUGCUUCGUGAGCCGGGAGCCCAGGGACGGAGCUCUGACAGUGGCACGGUCGGCUGCUAACUGCGAGCGAGCUGUGUCAGAGCCAGAGGCCAUGUUGUUUGACGCUGCAUUUACAGGUAAAUGUCAGGACAAGCCUAACGGACAACCAUCUCAACUACCUUCAACGUACAUCAUCCAUAUGACCGCGGUCAUCCUGCAUUUUAUAAUACGGAGGUGAUUCACAUAGAUACGUGUACUGUUGUAAUUAUAUUAAAAGCUUAGAUAAAAAUGUUCAUUUCACACAUUGUUACAUUAUUUUUUAAUGUAUUU